AUGGAAUCUUUGAACGAAACACUGUGGGAUGUAGUGAUCUCAGGAACGGGACUGAAGCAUUCGCUACUUGCGCUAGCUCUGUCCCGCUCCAACAAAAAGAUCCUCCAUGUCGACCAGAAUGAAUAUUACGGCGAUGCCGAAGCUGCUUUCAGCUUGCAGGAAGUGGACGAAUGGGUAGAGAGGGUGAACGCAGUAUCUCCGAGCAAUUUUCGAAACGCUUCACUUUGGAAGACGACCACCUCUAACGAGUCCGACAAGCUUUCCUUCUCGAGAGCAUAUACCCUCACUCUGUCUCCGCAGAUCAUAUAUACUAGGUCGAAGCUUCUUUCGCAGCUCGUUUCCUCGAAGGUAUACCGGCAGCUCGAGUUUCAGGCAGUCGGAAAUUGGUGGAUUCUUGGCGAACAUUCUCUAAACCGCUUGCCUAAUGGCCGAGAGGAUAUCUUCCGGGACAAAUCCAUCGACAACCGAGCGAAAAGGGGCCUGAUGAAGUUCUUGAAGUUUGUCGUCGACUAUGAGAACCAAAACGAGCUAUGGCAACCCCAAGCUGACAGCGGGCUGGCCGGAUUCUUGUCUUCACAUUUUCAACUGCCUCCAAAUCUUCAGAAUGUCAUUUGCGCCUUGACACUGUCUUUAGAUGCGCCAGAAUCGACCAAGGUUAGCUGGUCUCUACCCAGGAUAGCUCGGCAUCUAACUUCUAUUGGAGUCUUCGGACCUGGCUUUGGAGCUGUUGUACCAAAGUGGGGAGGAGGCGCUGAGAUUUCGCAAGUUGCUUGUCGAGCUGGCGCUGUGGGUGGAGGCAUCUACGUACUUGGAAUCGGUGUCAAAGAGUCGAAUACAUCAUCGGAAGAAGCUGGCAACAUUACGCAUGUCCACCUCUCAAAUGAGGAUGUUGUGAAGACUAGACAUCUCAUACAAUAUCCGGCGGCUCGAUCUACCGAUGCCAAAGCAGUGUCUAAGGUUAUUGCUAUUGUCUCGUCAUCCUUAACGACUUUGUUCAAGAACUCCGUCGAAGGUUCCCCUCUCGCUGCUGUCUCAGUCAUCGUCCUACCUGUUAGCACCGUUAUCGUGGAGGAAGCAUCUCAAGCCACGCCAAUCUACAUCAUGGCGCACUCGAACGAAACAGGCGAAUGCCCUGCUGGACAAUGUGUUCUCUACGCUACUAUGCUUUACUCUGAGCAUAGUAAGCAGCUUCUAGACGCUGCUCUCGAUGUUUUCCUAGCCAGAGUAGAAGACACGCCGGAAUUGCUUUACAAACUAUAUUACGAACAAGAACCGGAAGAAGAGAAUGAAGCCCAGACCGAAUCACUGGAUCCAUCACUCGACCUUGCAUUCAAUGAUGCAAUCCUCGAGGAUGUCGAAUCUCUAUGGAAGACUGUCAUAGGCGACGAAGCAGAACAGGCGAGAUUCAUGAGAUUCGAGGACAGGGAAGGCAUGAGCGCUGACGAUGACGAACUUGAUGAAGGAUACUGA